AUGCUGCUGAAGAUGCCCCAGAAGCUGCUGAAGACUGCCCACUACAUAGAGCUGGGCAGUUAUCAGCACUGGCCGGUGCUGAUACCCCAAAGGAUACGACUGUACACUUACGAACAAAUACCCCUCUUCCUGAAGGAAAACCCCUACAUCACAGACGGCUACAGGGCUCACCUGCCCUCCAAACUCUGCCUGAAAAGUAUUUUUAUUCUGUCCAAUGAGACGGUGAAUAUCUGGAGCCACCUUUUGGGUUUCCUGCUGUUCUUCUCUCUGGGAGUCAACGACCUCUUGUCUGUCCUGCCAGCUUCUGGAGCCAACAGAGAGGACUAUGUCAUCUACGCUAUAGGACUCUUCUGUUUCCAGGUUUGCAUGCUGUGUUCAGUGGGGUAUCACCUGUUCUCGUGUCAUCGAUCGGAGAAGACUUGCCGCCGCUGGCUGGCGUUGGACUAUGCAGGCAUUUCUGUUGGCAUCCUGGGCUGCUAUGUACCUGGGAUCUUCUACGCUUUCUAUUGUAAUGCUUUUUGGCGGCAGGUCUACCUGCUGACAGUGCUGUCCCUGAUCCUGGCCGUCUUCAGCGCUCAGGUCCACCCUCGUUACCUCAGCAAUGACUGGCGUUGGAUACGGAUGUCAAUCUUCUGUUGCGUGGCAGGUGUUGGCACGAUUCCUGCCUGCCACUGGGUCUGGCUCAAUGGUGGUUUCACCUCCGAUGUUGUGCAGCUGUUUCUGCCUCGAGUUAUAAUAAUGUACUUGAUUGCUGGUUCUGCCUUCCUGUUCUACGUCACCAAAAUCCCUGAGCGAUAUUUUCCUGGCCAGCUGAACUACCUGGGUGCCAGCCACCAGGUGUGGCACAUACUUGUGGUGGCUAUGUUUUACUGGUGGCAUCAGACGGCUGUGUACAUCAUGCACUUUAGACACAGCCAGUCCUGCCCAGCGCAGACCACCAGGAGCUAAGUGAAAUUCAUCAUGUAACUGCAAUGUAAAGCUACCUAAAAACAACACAAUAAUAAGAAGAACCGUAUUUUUGUGACCUCUACCUUGUCAACCUAACGACAAGGUACUUCUGAGUACCCGCGGUAGAAAUAAAGGGGCUUCUUUGUCGUACGCCCUCUGUCACACCGUUUAACUCACCUGUGCGUACCACUCGCAGAUUAUCUUCCCAAUCUGAAGUCCACAUUAGGGAUUAGAGCAGCAGCACAGCCUCAGUAAGAAAUAUGUCUGACACCCUUCACUGUAAUUUAACUGUCCAAAAUAAAAUAAAAUGGAUGAACACAUCAUGUCAGCCACUGCAUGCAUUAAAGGAGAAUGAGCGGAUGUGAUUACAGACAGCUGACCGAUUGACACAAACAUAUAGCAUGUCAGUAAGAUGUUUGGCCACCAGGUGUCCCCAGAACAUCUUAAAUUCAGCUUGAAAUUGGUUCUAAACCUCUGCUGGAGGGAUUGAACACUUUGGGGUUUUUUAAUAAUCAGGCAUAUAUAAAUAUGCCGAGAGGGUACCUGCAUCCCACGGCUUAGCAGAGCCACUGGAGGUGGAGGUUGGUGCUGGGAUUGUGUUUGCUCCCUAAGGACUGUGAGCUGAUGUUAGAUGUGGUCGGCCACACUAACUCAGCCCCUAAAGCACAGAAAACAGUGAGCUCUAUUAGAUCAAUGCAUGAAACUGUAUUUUUUUGUAUUCGUAGAAAAUAUUUGGGUGGUAAAAGCAUUUUCUCAUGGUUGUUUAUGAUUGUAGUUUUUGUACAGAAGUGUUGGUAAAAAAUAUCAAUAGGUAUUUUGAAUCCUUUGAAUCUUACUUCUUAGUCUGUGGGAAGAAUUAUUUAUUUUAAUUUUGUUUAUUUUUUGCCUUGUUUUGUUGUUGGUUCUGUGUGAAAUGUCUUGAUUAAGAAGUGGGAAUGACAGAAAAACCCAAGGGAGCUGAACGUUACUGUUUGGGUACUGCGAGUUACCUCUCUUUGGUAGAAACAGUCACUCAGUACUUGCAGUAUUUUUUUUUAUAUUUGAACACAUAUGUUGGGAAAAAAUACUUUAAAUGCUGCAAAGUUGCAAAGCCAGUAUAUAAAAUCAAAGCCGUUGUUAUCAGCUGAGAGAAACAGACUAAUCUUAAUGCUAAACUCAUUUUUAUCAUUGAGAUGAUGGGUAUAUAUUUUUUAGUCUUCAGUCUCAUCUUACAUAAUUUGGGAGUCUGAUUUCAGUCGUCCUGCUGUAGCUUACUUACAGUUCACCUCACUCAGCACAGCUCAUCAGAGAGGUGCUAAGUGACCUGUGGUUGUCUACUUAUUGCAAUUGUUUGAUCAAAUUAUAGGAUAGUGCAUUUAUCUCUACUGGCACGCUUCCAGUUUUGAUAUUGUGCCCUAUUGUAAAACAGAUCAGCCACAACUCACAGGAGUUUUAAUGUGGUGGCUGAUAUGAGUCUGACGAGAGGAAACGAGAUCUCUUCCUUCAUAGUUAAUUUUGAGGAAAUGACGCUUUAGCAGCGGUACGUGUGACUAUGAAUUCACAGUUUGCUGUGAGCAGUAGCACUUAACAUAACACUCAGUGAUGAGCCCGGGAGGUCAGUCAACUGUAGCAGAUAUCUGUUAUCAGCCAUCAGUCCUUUUAUCAUGAAGCUUCUCGCAACAAUGUGAGGAAAAAAUACUGAUAACCGCCACCUCGUUGCUUUAACAAGGCCAGUUUGAUGUGUGUCAGUUUCCUUUUGUUUUUCAAAUUAAUGUACUUUUGGACAGUUAUAUGUUUUUGGUGGUUUGUAUUGUUUUUGCAUUAUUCAAUCAGGUUUGCCUUAUUAUCUGUUUGUACUGUAAUGGCACUUCUACAAUCUGUGGGUCCACAAUUGAGCCUAAACUAGGACAAAAUGAUCAAACUGUUACACUCCAAGGCCAGUGUGGUUUUCUUUCUUUCUUUUCAGAGCACUUACUGCUGCAGUCAUGACGGCAGCACUCAAAAGCACUCUGUUUUUUUUUUUUAAGUGUCUUUAUUUUGGCAUUAAAUGCUUGAUCUGCUUGGACUGCUGUUUGGUUGUGUUUUUCCUUUGUGUGUUUUGUAUGUUACUGCGGUGGCACUGACUACUGCAAUGUGAAAUAUUUAUUUCAGUGCCUAUGUGAAAAGAUAUUUUUAAAUGAAUAAAUGAAUGAAUAAAGUGCUGGGAAAUCA